CAGCAGCAGCAGCAGCAGCAGCAGAACUCGAAGGAGAUGGCAACUGUACGCAUCGUCGUGUGCGGCGACGAAGGCACCGGCAAGUCCUCCCUCAUCACCUCCCUCGUCAAGGACACCUUUAUCUCGCAUCGCAUACAGCCCGUCCUGCCCACCAUUACGCUGCCUCCCACGCCGGGCACCCCCGAAAAUGUCACAACCGUCAUAGUGGACACGUCGGCCCUGCCUCAGGAGCGCGACAACCUACGCAAAGAGCUUCAAAAGGCCAACGUCAUCUUGCUCGUUUACUCGGAUCACUACAGCUAUGAGCGAGUCGCGCUCUUUUGGUUGCCCCAAUUCCGCAGUUGGGGCGUCAACGUGCCCGUCGUGCUAUGCGCCAACAAGUCGGACCUCGCCAACGGCUCGGCGUCCAGCAUGGGAGCCAACAGCGCGUCAACCGCCCAUGUCAUCAACGAUGAGAUGCUACCUGUCAUGAACGAAUUCAAGGAGAUUGAUAGUUGCAUCCGGACCAGCGCAAAGGAACACCACAACAUCAACGAGGUCUUCUUUCUGUGCCAGAAGGCCGUCACACACCCGAUAGCGCCCUUGUUCGACUCGAAAGAAGGAAACCUCAAGCCGGGGGCAGUGGCAGCGCUGACGCGGAUCUUCUACCUGUGUGACAGAGAUCAGGACGGCUGGCUUAGCGACGGCGAGAUCAACAGCUUCCAACUCAGGGUGUUUGAGCGUCCGCUGGGCGAAGAAGAGCUGGCCAACAUCAAGAGAAACAUUCAAAAGUACGCUCCCGACAGCGCCGGAGACCGGGGAAUAGACCAGCACGGCUUCUUGCUGUUGAACAAGAUGUUUGCAGAGAAGGGCAGACACGAGACAAUUUGGGUCAUCCUGCGUACAUUUCAUUACACGGACUCUCUCAGCCUCAAGGAGAGCUUUCUGCAUCCCAAGCUCGACGUGCCGCAAUACGCUAGCGCUGAGCUCAGUCCCAUCGGAUAUCGUUUCUUCAUGGAUCUAUUUCUUCUUCACGAUAAGGAUAAUGAUGGUGGUCUAAACGAAAAAGAGCUCCACACCUUGUUCGCACCCACACCAGGAAUGCCCGCGUCGUGGGUCGACUCCAACUUCCCCUCGUGUACUGUGCGAAACGAGGCAGGCUACAUCACACUACAGGGCUGGCUCGCUCAGUGGAGCAUGACUACCUUCGAAGAACCGAGGACGACACUGGAGUACCUUGCCUACUUGGGAUUUGAGACAAAGGACCGGGGCGGCACGACGACAGCGAUUCGCAUCACGAAGCCUCGGAAACACAGAAGGAGACCUGCGCGUGUCGAGCGCAGCGUUUUUCUGUGUUACGUUGUUGGUGCCGCAGGAAGUGGCAAGUCUACCCUGCUGGACACAUUCCUGAACAGGCCCUUCUCGCCCACGUACCAUCCGACCAUCAAGCCGCGCAGUGCGGUGAACAGCGUCGAGCUCCAGGGUGGGAAGCAGUGCUAUCUGAUCCUCACGGAGCUCGGCGAAUUGGAACCGGCCAUCCUCGAGAACACGGCCAAGCUUGACGCCUGUGACCUGAUCUGUUACACGUACGACUCGUCCGACCCGGACUCUUUUGCGCACAUUGUCGAGCUUCGCAAGAAGCACGGCAAGAUGCUCGAGGACAUGCCCUCCGUGACCGCAGCGCUCAAGGCAGAUCUUGACAAGGCCGUCCAGCGAUGCGAAAUCCAGCCGGACGAGUUUGCCAGGGAUGUGCUGGGUCUGGGGCCGCCCAUGCACACCAGCGUGCGGUGGAGCAGCAUACAGGAGCUGUUCGGCCAUCUAGCGGAGUGCGCGAGCAUGCCGAGCCAGGCGCUGCCAAAGAGGGGGGAUGACGAAGUGGAUCGCACGAACGUGUAUUUCAUGGCCGGUGGAGUGGUCGCCGCAAUUGCAGUCGCUGCAGUUAUGUGGAAGAAGGGCGGGGGGAGUCUGGCCUGGAGUUAAACAGCGUGUAAGAAGAGCGUUGGCAGUAUUUUUGCUCAGUCAACGGCCCUUGCUCCACGUGGGCCAACGUCUAGACGGCCAUGUUUGACACAGGAGCAACAUCAUUCGCUGUUUCUGAGCCCACUUGAGCUUUUGAAACGGCCAUGCCGCUCGUACAGGACGGAAGCAUCAACGUGAAAAAGUGUACUGACGCAGAACAUUGUGCUGUACAAUUACGUGUAGCAUUACAAAUGUGAAACCAAAGCUCGGCUUCAACUGUAUUUUUAUCAAGAAAGGCGGGGCACUUCCUUCAAUUCGGGGAGGCCCCGGAUAACAAGAAUCCCAACAUGACAGACAGGUCAUAAAGUCACGGAUUUCUGAAAAUGAAUCCGCAAACACAGAA